AUUUAAAUCCCCCGCACUUUGGGAAGAUCGCACUGACGUAGACAGUAAUCUUGGAAUCUUGUGACUACAUCGUAGAUUAUCAGUGUCAUUCAUAAUAUAAAUCGUAGUAUUUCUUUGAUAGAUAAGAUCUAAUCAACUACUAGAAGAUAGAAGAGGGUCCAUUCUUAAUUAUGCAGAAAAUAGAAAUAGGACAGAGGGUUUGACUGGUAUUUAUCAUAUAUUUGGUGUAGAUGAGAUGGCGAUGUCACAAGCAGUUACCAUGAAGAAACUUAGGGAGAUUGUGUUACCGAUAUUUGUUAUCCUGUGUGCUGAUGUAACAAAUGGUGAACUUGGUGCAGUAUGUAACAAAGUAACAGACUGUUCAAUGGGUGGAUAUUGCAUGCAAGGGACCUGUAACUGUUCAGAGAUAUGGUAUGCAGGAAAUUCUCUUACACCUGUAUGUAGAUCUUGGGAGUACGAGAGGUUGUGUUCUAGGGAUGACGAAUGUGGGGAAGAUGCCAAAUGCAAAAACGUGAAAUGUGAAUGCAAUAGAGGAUUUUACCGAAUAAAUGCUUCAUGCCGUAAAGUAACACUACAGAGAUUGUUGCAGCCAUGUAAAAUAAAUUUAUAUCGUACAGGAACAGCGCUGUGUGAUAUUAGGAAGCAUAGUACAUGUAUUAGAAAUACAUGUGUUUGUACUAAGGGCUACGUAGCAAACGAACAUGGGCAGUGUGAAUUAAAGGAUUCAUAUUUGGUCCGCAUGGAAAUGAGUGAAUACCGUGUUACAACAGGCGAAUACUGCAGGGACGACACAGACUGCAUUGAAGGACUAGAGUGCAAGGGAUUUGAGUGCAGAUGUCCGAGUGGUUGUAUGUAUAUUGCAAGGAGAAAUGCUUGCGACUGCGGAGAAGUUGACACUCAUAUUGCUCCAAUUGUUCUUGGAGUCUUUCUAGGCAUGGUUAAUAUUGCUUUCUGGUACUGGGCAAUAUAUAGAACCAUUGUGAAGCACAAGGAAAAGAUUAUACGGCUUUCGUAUCGCACAGCAAUUGAUAAUGAUGAUGUGUCUUCGUCACAUCCUCUUUCACCUGUCCAGUCCUCUGUCCAAACGGGGAGAGGCACUGGAUCCCUUGCCAGUACAAGAGUUGGCACACCUAUCCGUGACAGUGGCACUUCCAGACCCGACUCCAUAAAUCCCCCAACGGCACCAGCCUUAGAUAAUCCCCCAUCAUAUGACGAAGUGAUUUCUUCACCCACGUAUAAUCCAAAUCCGUCAAGCCUGCUAGAUCUACCUAAUCCCCCUUCCUAUAUACAUGUGUCAACUGGCACUCUGCCGUCUGCAAGUCCCAUACAUUCUCCUUCAAGAAGGCCUUAUUCUUCAUUAACACCUACAGCACCGCCAUAUCUAAUUAGUCCUCACUUAACACUUCGGCCUGGAAGUCUGGAUGCAAUACCACACCAUGUAAAUUCCUCAACACCAGUUCAUAGAUCGUCGUCUGCACUGCAUUCAUCUGUUCCAGAUAUACAGCGGACAUACAAUCGAAACCUUCAUGAGAGCAAUGUUGCAGGUUCAGCUGACACUGAUGGUCCAUCAAGAUUUUGAACUACAUGAUACUGUGGGAAAAUGAAGUAUAAGAACAUAAAAGAAACAGUCAAGUAGUGUGGGCUGGAGGCAAAAACACAGGAUAAUGGAUGCUGAAGAGGAUUAUAGUCUUCUGGAGAUAAAUUUAAAGGCUAGUACUUCACACUCCCACAUCUAAAGAGGUGAAAUUCCUUUGCCAGAGAAAAAGGAUCAUCAUAUGUAUAUAUGACAUUUGUUCCAGGAAACAAAACCAAAGAAAAGAUUAGCAUGUUGAGCAUGUUGGAUAAAGAGAAGAAAAAAGGAGUUAAUCACAGAAAAAAAUGUACAGUACAGUAGAAACCCUGAGAGACAGAAAAACAAACAAACAAACAACACUGAAAUAAGUACAGUAAUUGAUAUGUAAGUAUGGGUAACAAUUUUGAAAACAGCACACUGUAAGAUGAGAGAAUUGUAAAUUUUGACGUGCAUGGAGUAGUAUCCUGCCAGUGACCAACAGGGGAAUGAUCAAAAUUGUGCCUUAUAUGCCUUAUAUGAAAUGCACUUAUUACAAUAUGUAGAAUAGGUAUGAAUGAGAAUGAAUAUCUUCACAUUGUAAGUGAUGUAUUUGAACAAUUUAGAUUAUAUCUUUGUCAGAAAUACAUGUAUCUUUGACAACUAAAAGGUUCUGUCCAAUGGAGCCAACUAUACUACUCUCCAACUGAAAUGUUGGAAUCCAUAUAUUUUGCUUGUGCAAAGCAAGACUCUUCUCAAAUGCUUGUAAAUUUAAGUUCUUGGACACGCUGUACCUAAUUGCACGGGCCCAGGGCUAAUCUGCAAUUUAGCACUGGCUUGAUCAGAAGUAACACUUAUUGCAAGAUGAUGAAAACUCAUUUGUGCUGUAUUAAUAAUUUUCAGCAGGAGUGAUUAGACACAUUUUGCAAUUAAUAUUAUUUUUUCAUUGAAAAAUUUGUCAUGCUUUUUGUAAGUAAUUUUAGAAUAAAAUAAAUGUUAAUUGAAUUC